AUGGAAUUUAAUUAAGCUGAUCUCUUUUUAAGAGCUGUCUCUAUUUGUGAAUUGUAGAUGAAAUCAAACAAAGACUUAGAAUAUUACAAUUAGUGUGCUAAUUAAUACUUAAAAUACAAGACUGAAUAAAACAGCUUAACAAAGGAAUUUUAAAUUUGUGAUAAACAGUGUAAUGAAAAAAAUGAAUGCAAAAGAUAGUGUUUGAGACUGUUGACUGAUUAGCAGCAAUCAUUAAUCCAAUAUUUUGCAAAAACUAUUUGA